CGCGAUGUUACCGGCUGCAGAUUGGCGUGGACUCCAUGUGCGAGCUCACAAUCUGGCAGAGAGGAAAGGGAGGGAGUGAAUGAGCUUCACCGCCGGCGCUGCUGCUGUUGCUACUGCAGCAGUGUGUUGCUUGUGUGAGACCGUGAGGUGGACGGUGUGUGCGCCCGGGACACGCACCGCGGCUCCACAAAAAAAAACCUGUAUAAAAAAAGCAUUUCACAGUUCGUCAGAAACUGGAAGAGGGCUGAAUUGGUGACAGCAGCUUCUGGAUAUCUGUGUAAAGCCGCAGCAGUGUGACUCAUUAAUGUAAUCUGACCAAGGCCUUUGGAUACAAGCUCCUCUUGUGCUGUUAAGCAACCAUGGUCAUCAAACAAGGUCUACUGGAUUCCUAUGUACUAAUCCUGGUUCCAUGCAACCCUUAAUACCAGUGCUGGGUACCACUGCUGUGGAGUUGUGUGCACAGCUUGGGAGUCUCUACAUCACGCUGCAGGCACCACUUUAGCUUUACUUUACCAAAACCUGUGCGUCCUAUGCAGAUGAAUGAAGACUCCAUUUGGGAAGCGAUCCAGUCAGAGGUUAUCAAUUGAUGCAGCAGGUCUUCCUGGUGUGUCUGGUAAUAUGAUGAAGAAGAAAAGUAAUCACAGGAAACAUCGUAGCAACAUGGGACCAAGCAAAGCUGUAUCUCAUUCACAGCGAAACAUAGUCGGUUGCAGAAUUGAACAUGGGUGGAAAGAACAAGGUGGAAUAACGCAGUGGAAAGGCACGGUUCUCGAUCAAGUUCCAGUAAAUCCUGCACUUUACCUUAUCAAAUACGAUGGAUUUGACUGCGUAUAUGGACUUGAACUUCACAAAGAUGAAAGGGUGUUAGGCUUUCGCGUCCUCCCAGAUAGAGUUUCUGCCUCUCGAAUCACUGAUGUAGAUCUGGCAGAAAUGAUGAUAGGUAAAGCAGUUGAGCACAUGUUUGAGAAAGAUGAUGAUGGGGCUAAAGAUGAAUGGCGGGGAAUGGUGCUAGCACGUGCUCCCAUCAUGACUACAUGGUUUUAUAUCACCUAUGAAAAGGAUCCUGUCUUAUACAUGUACCAGCUUUUAGAAGACUACAAAGAAGGAGAUUUGCGAAUUAUGGCUGACUCAAAUAAUGAUUCUCCACCAGCUGAGAGAGAACCUGGAGAAGUAGUAGACAGCUUGGUGGGUAAGCAAGUGGAAUAUGCCAAAGAAGAUGGCUCAAAGAGGACUGGCAUGGUCAUCCACCAAGUAGAAGCCAAACCAUCAGUGUAUUUUAUCAAGUUUGAUGAUGAUUUCCACAUUUAUGUUUAUGAUUUGGUAAAAACGUCUUAGACACUCCAUAGUAUAAUGGGAAGGCCAUAUUGGCCUAUACAUGAACUAAUUCCAUAUGUGGACAUUUGAUGAGCCAGGCUUCUUGAAGCCCAGUAAACUAUUGUAAUCUCACAGUCUCUGCCAUAGACAUAAAACACAACAGAAGUUUGAAACAGGCAAAUGGGUGUACAAAUAUUUCCAUUUAUGAUGGUCUGAAUGCAAGAUGAUUUUUGGAAAAAUAAGUCUUAAGCCAGUAUUUAAAAAUAUGGGAACAAGAUUUCCAGUGCACUUUGUCACAAACGUGCUUGAAAAUAGUAAACCCGAAUGAGGGUUUGGAAAUAGAGUGAGUGAUGUAGUGGCAUAAAUUUCAAUUAGAUGUGAAUAAAACAAUCAUCUGAAUUGGGGGGGGAAACCCAUUAAAUGGUGAUGGUCGAGUGAAAUGGAUUGGGCAUCAAAACUUACAGCUUUUUCUAUCUAACAUUCCAUAUGACAAUUAUGACAUUUAUUUGAAGUUGAGCACACCUUAGUUGACCUCAGAAUAAGCUACAAAUGUAUUAAUGUUUUACUAUAAAAUAUUGAUCUUUUUAUGACCUGUUGCAGUUUUACUAAGAAAUGGAAUUCAAUAUUUUUCAUAAAGCCUUUUGUUUUUCAAUAUAAACAUGAUAAAUAUCAUGAAUUUGCCAUGUAUGUAAAAAAAAAUGCUGUUGUUAAAAGAGUAAGAGGAAAUAGAUUAAUUUGUGAAAUUGUUUGGAAACUUGAAGAACAUUAUAAUGCAGAAGUAAUUUUAAAGUUUUUGUGAUAGUGACCAUUGCUGGCAUUUAUUACCCUUCACUAGUUGCCCUGGAAGGAUGGUGUACUGUCGACUUGAACUGCUGUCUCCCACAUAUUGAAUGUCAGCAGUUCGAUUCAAAUGAGUGCCUUCACAAGACAACUUGGUGAACCAUGUUGUUAAAUUGCAUAUCAGCAAGUUUGCAAGUUCCUGCUCUAAAGGACGUUGAGAUGUGACAGCUUUGGUAUUACUUUAAGUAAUAUUGGCUUCAAAUCUAGUUUAAUACGAUCUUUAAUGUGACUUUGAGAAAGUAUCUAAAAUUACGUGGUGUCAAUUUGUAAAUUAUACCUCCAUCAGUUAUAUUAUAUUGGCUAAUUUUUCUGUGAUUUAUUUAAUCAGAUAAAAAAUAUACUUUAUUUACUCCAAAUUGAUAGAUAAUUGGCAAAAUAUAACUAAAUAUUUUCAUUCGUGUAAUAAUUUGUCAAUUUAAUAACCACCAUUUCUAUUUCCAGUGUCCUAAUUUAAUUAAUUUUAGUUAUUCUUACUCUUACUCAAACCUCUCCAAAACAUCAUAUCUCCUUUAUUUCCUAAAUUGGUGCACUCCAAAAUGCAUUUAUACCAAACUCCUCAAUGUUCUUCACCUUCUAUCUCCUUGUAUCCCAAGCUUGACUUCAUUUUGCAUAAUCUCACAUUAUCCUCCAAAGAUCCAGAGAGGACACUAAUUGCUGUGUAUAAUUGCAGUACUCCAAACUCCCCCAUGCCAUAUGGUGUGGUCUAUUGGAGCUAUUCCUUCUUCCUUUCUUCUCGUUGCACUGGCCUCUUCCUGUGAUGAUUGUUUGGGCUCUGCCAAUGAACCAAUUACUGUCAUCCGUCUCUGCAUUUAAUUUCUGAAUGUCCGCCCAUUUGUGAAUAAGAUUAACGUUUGUGACGUUAACAAUUGUGAGUUUAAUGUGGAUGACUGUAUUGACGUCAUGACCUGAUGGAGAUGUGGGUGAGAGGUAAUCACAUCUUCUCAAAUUAAAAUUCUGCCAAGCUUGUCCCAAAACUGUCCCUCUGAUAAUCCAACUCUUACCACCAAAUCAUACCUUACCCUCUAGAACUUCACCCAACUGCAACCAUCUUGCCACCUUCUCAGUCUGAAGAAGAGUCCCAACCCGAAAUGUUGUUUGUGCAAUUCCCGGCCUGACUCACUGUUCCUCCAGCAGUUUGUUUUAUGCUGAAGAUUCCAGAAGCGGCAGUAUCUUGAUCCUUUAUGUUGCCAUCUUUCUGUGUUGUCUUUCAUUUUGAUUCUAUUUCUACCUUGAAAAUUCUAUAUCCCAAUGACAAACUGUAUCUGUCCAUUUUUUUCUAUGCCUUUUUACAACUGCACUUUUGCAGCUGCCAACUUGUUUAGACGCACUGCUUACCCUAUUCCUAUUUGAUUUAUACUAUAUCUGCCAGUUUGCCCUCCCAUUUGUAUUGGCACACUUUGUAGAAAAGACACACAGUUCUUUAGCAUCAUUUAUAACCUCCGAAUAUCCCAAGGUGCUUUGCAGCCAGUUAAAGUGUAGUCACUUGUAAUGAGAAAAGUGGCAAUAAAUACACGAUAAACACCCGCAGACUGCAAUUUGGUUAUGACCAGAUAACCUGUUUUUAGUGACGUCAUUGAGAAUACAUUUUAUCCAGGACCUCAUGGAUAACUAACUCCCUUUGUCUUAUUCAAACCAGUGCCGUAAGGUCUUUUAUAUCAUUUGAUUGAACAAAUGGGGCUUCAGUUUGAAAUUUCAUCUAAAAAUUGAUAUUUCCGACAGUUCGGCAAUGAGACAUUGCCUACGUUUUUGUGGUUGAGUCUCUAUAGUGGGACGACCACACUGACCUGGAGACAGGAAUUAUGAUAACUUGUUUAGACAUUAAGUGGAUGACACAAUCAAUUGUUGGUCUGUUCUCAUCUGUAAAAUCCUCUUCUCAACCACCAGGUUGUAUUUCCACUGAGGUUUCUUCCUGCCCUUUUUUAAAAAUUGUAUAUUUCAUUAGUUUCUGUUCACCAUCUCGAACAUCCUUUUCAAGUCUAUGAAUGGGUUAUCACUCUGAAAGCGGUCUCGUGCUAUCCCAAAACUCUGAAUGCCAUUCCUGUCAAACUACUGAAAUUGACCUUAUCAAAGACACAUUGACAUCCUGUAUAGCUGUGGCCAAGGUAACCAAUCUUCACCUCUUCAUUCUCCUGCCUGUAGCCUCUGACAUAUAAACUACACAUCUUCUUCCCUAUUGUCAUUUAGCUGGGUGGGACCACACAAUCUAAUCAUAACUAAAUAUCAUAUUUUCCUGAGCUGUUAUCUCCGGUAAUUUCUAGGGAUCUGUUCUUCGCUCUUCCUGUUCCUCAGUGGCAUCAACUGUAAAUUGAGUUAGUUUGCAAUCUCACUGCUUGACCUCACUACAACCUCUUGAUUCCCAUUCUGUUUCUAAAUUUCUCAUAUGCUGAUAGAUCAUCAGAAAGCUCUUCCAUGUAAUUAUUGAGAAUUUUAAGCUUAAGAGUUAAAUACGAGCUCCAUUUCAUACCAAUUAUUUGUAUUCUUCGGCCUGAUCAAUGUACAACCAGAUUGUUUUGGUACUGAUUUUAUUUCAAGGUUAGUUUCUGACUUAUCAUUAGUAAGAAAAUCUAUUUUUAUCUGCAACAUUGCCUGCUUUGUCUUGCUCUGCUCAUCUACUGUUGAAAUCUUCAUUCAUGCCUUUGUUGUUUCUGGAUUUGACUGUUCUAACUUACUUGUAAAUGGAGCCCAUUUUAAGCUCCACUUGUCUUACUUCACACCAUCUACCCUCUCUUUCCUUACUAUUGAUUUCCGGUUAGAUGGCAACACACUUUUAAAUUCUCAGUGUUGCAUCACCUUGUAAUUUCCUUGAAGUCUUGAGAUAAUUGUGCACUUCCAGUUCUACUGUCUUAAUGAAACUUGAUUGUUAAUCUUCCAUCAUUGGUGACUGUGCUUCAGCUGUUUAGGCCUUAGGUUUGGAAUUCCACUCUCCCAACCCUCUCUAGAUUUCUUUUUUUCUUUGGACUCCACUUAAAAGCUACCCAUUUGACUACCUGUCCAAUACUUCUUUUUGAUGAGUUGGUUUCAAUUUUAUUUAUUCAUUUUCUGUGUCACUCCUGACACAUAUUUAAGUAGUUUUAAUAAUGUGCUAUAUAAUUUGAUGAUGCCGUAACUGCACAGUACGACUGAACUAUUUCCUAAGAGUAACAAAAGAUGAUUUGCCUCUAGCUGGCUAUAUAUUGAUUCAAAUGUAUAAACUACAUAUGAACUAUGAAAGUAACACUCUUGCAUUACACCUGUUUUUAUAUGAUACUCUUCAUCUUAAGUCUUAAAUUCUGUCAUUGUACAUUGAGAGGCAGCAAUUUAGAAAUGAUUGGGGACAACUAAACUGCAAUUUAAAUGAUGGCAUUAAUACUUGUUUGUAAAAGUUGCUGUUUAGCAAGGAAAUUGCAAGGAGGUGAUGCAAGGAAAUUACAGGAAGUUGGUGCAAAACUGAGAAUUUAAAAGUGUAUUGCCAUCUAACUAAAAAAUCAAUAGUAAUGUAAAGAGAGCAGAUUGUUUGAAGUAAGAUAAGUGGAGCUUAAAAUGGGCCUUGCAUAUGGGUCUUCAAUCACUAGGUCUUUUCAGUCAAGGAAUAGUUCUAAAUGAUUGAGCACUUCAUUGGUGGGAGGGGGUUAGAAGUAUUCUCAGUUGAGACUCAUUGAACAUCUAUAAACGUUAAUUAGAGGAAUCCAGGAAAGGCAACUGUACUUUGUAUGAAGGUUUAUUGUGUAGUAAGAAAGACAUGGCAAUGAAACACAAAUUUUAGCCCACCUGGGAUAUUUGCUUUUACAAUAUCUGAUUUAUUAAUAAAUUCUGAAUCGGUUCACAAAUUCUUGUAUUGCCACUGUGUAACAAUUUCAGAAACUUUACCAAUGGUACAGUCAUGAGAAUUAACAGGCCAGGUAUUAUAUAUAUAUAUUGCUUAAAGCAGAUUAAAAUCAAAUUACUUUAAUAAGAAAUAACUUAUUAACUAAUGAAGUUAAAUUAAUUAAUAUGGAAUAGUAUUUCCUUUAUUUUCUCUUUUUUGAGAGUGAUCAGAUUAAGAUGGUUCAAGGCCACUGUUGCUGUCCAGAGGGUAAAAACAAGAAAUAUUUUUGUAGUGUUUCCAAGGUUGUGGUGAAUCUCAAUGAUAUUAAACAUCUAUGCCAGUAUCCCUAAAAUAAAUUAAAAGUACAUAAGCUUUUAUUAUAAGCAUAUUAUUUUCCUUGAGAUAUUUUUGAAACAUUUCACAGGUCACACCAUAUGAUUGCCCCAAUAUUAAAUUGUUUAGUUGCUACUCCAUGUUGAAGUAUUUCAAUUUGUGUAUUUUAUCAUAUAAAUAGUAUUUCUGAUAAUGCGAUAUGAACAAAUAAAAACUCCUAUUUUCCUCAGUUGUUAAUAUAUUAUAAACUUACCUCCUCCACAACCACCCCCCAUCCUGCCAGUCGCCUGAUUUUCUUUUAUCCUUUAUAUUGACUGCAGUAAAUUACACCAGGAUAUAAUUCCAUCGGCACUGAUGGACAUCCGACAACUUCUCCAGGUGAUAAUUAGAUUUAAAACAAAGUCUUUAUGUGUUAGCGGGUUAUUGAACAUCAGAGGCACAAUAAAAAUAUUUGACAUUUGCCUCACCAGGCUUUGUACUGUUCCCAUUUCUCUUCCAACUUUCAUCCCCUCCCACCUCACUCAUCAGUCUGAAGAUGGGUUCUGACCCGCAACAUCACCUAUCAUAUUCUCCAGGGAUGCUGCCUGACCCGCUGAGUUACUUCAGCAUUUGUGUUUUUUUCAAAUAUUAGAAUUGCCUGCUAAGUAGUGAAAAAAAAUUGGAAAUAUUCUUUAAGCUGAUGGUAGUUCUAACAGUGAUACCGGUUUGUGUGCCUUAAUACCUCGCAGGUGUUGCGACAUAGUACAGUGAUUGAACUAUUAUGAUCAGUUUUGAAAGACAUUCUCAUGCAGGUCUCAUGUUUGUUGCUCUUCUUGGGAUAUGGAAACCAAUGUGAUUUGCAGUGUUAACUUUUUUGUUUUGCAAUUACGUUAAUCUGAGCCAUAGAUUUUAAUUUACUGUAUAGUGUCUUGCUGGCACAAUGCCUGUUUCGUUAACUCUCAGCGCACAAAGUAUUUCCGUAGCUUCUGAUGUAAAUAGAACUGUUUUGUUGCAAAGUUGUUAAUGCACUGGUAGAACAGUUGUAAUUGAAAAGCAGUUUGGUUGUACUUCUGUUUUUAAAUUAUAUAAUGGUUUCUGAAACACUAAGACAAGACACACAGCAUAUUUUUAGUGUAAUGGCAUAUUUAAGUAAUUAUUUUAUUAUCAUGGUCCUUUUCUCAAUCCCUCAAUUUCAAGGUUUGUUCCCAACAACAGGUGCAUGCAACUAACUUGAUUUUGCAGUUAGACUAGCAGUCAUAUUCAAGAGUUUAUAUCUUUUGUAUAAAUCACACUUUUAAGUGCAUCAUUCAUUAAAACUUUCUGAAUC